AUGGCCGAAUACUGGAAAUCAGCACCGCGCCAUUGGUGCAAACAGUGCAAGGUCUUCAUCCGCGAUACACCCUUCGAAAAGACCCAGCACGAGGCGAGCGGGAAACACCAGUCCAGCCUGAGGCGCUUCCUCCGCGACAUCCACAAGAACAAUGAAAACCAACAAAAAGAAACACAGCGAGCGAAAAGUGAGGUUGAGCGAUUGCGCAAGGCCGUCGGAGGCGGGUCCUCUGCAUCCUCCGCGUCCAGCGACCCAGCGCCUAAACGCGCCGCGGCACCAGCGCCCAAGCCUGUCAGUGUAGAUGAAAGGAAGAAACAGAUUGCACAACUGGCUGAAAUGGGUGUUGCAGUCCCGGAGGAGUAUCGUGGCGAUAUGGCCUUAGCCGGUGACUGGCAGACGCUCUCAGAAACCAAGGUCGAUACAGAGGGACUGGAGGGCGCUGCUAAGUCCAUUGGUGUUCGCAAGCGCAAACAUGAUGGGGACGAGGAGGAUGAACAUAUUCCGGAGCCAGUCGCGAGGCUAGGGUGGGGGUCGAGAAUGAAGACAUACCCUGGUGCGCAGGACGAGGACGAGGAUUUGGACGCUCUUCUUGCGUCUACAAAAGAUAUCAAAAAGACAAAACAAUCUGCACCUUCAAUCGCAAAACAGGAGCCAGAAGAGCAGAAACAGGAGCCUGCCUCUGUCGUGAAGACAGAGGAUGAAGCGCCCGACUCGAAGAGCGCGGGAGCAGAUGAGUCGCUUCAAAUUAAAACAGAAGUGCCCAUAGAGGGCUCUGCGCUUUUAGCGGACGAAGAACCGCCAGCCGAAGACGAGACAGGCCCUAUUUUCAAGAAGCGCAAGCCCAAGGUCAUGAGGAAAUAA